GCCGGGUUUCCGGGGCUCCUGGCCCCGCUUAUUCCGCGGGGGUCGGCGGGGUCGGCGGGGUCGGCCUAGGCGCCCUCUCCGCCCGCGCCGCCGCCGCGCAUUGUCCACUGAGCACCCCGCUUCUGGGAGGGGCGGGCAGACAUGGUGGCAGCAGCCGCCCCCUCCUCGGCCCCGGCGCGCCGCGGCCUCCCAGCCGCUACUUACCGAACCUGUCCGGAACGGUGGCUCCGGGGCCGGGAUGGUGUCGGGCCCGGGCGGUGGGGCCUUUGCGGGCGUCGGGAGGCGGGCGGGGAAGAGUGGCAAGCGCGGCCUGGCCUGGCCUCGCCUCCCGCUGCCUCGGGAGCCUCGGAUCUCUUUGUCUGGGCGGCACACGGCUCCGCCGGGCUCGCUGGAGCGGGAAAAGGGCGGCGGGGGCGACUGGCACCUGGUGCGCUGUGCCACGGAGCCCCGAGGCGUCCGGACCGCGGCGGGAGCGGAGGGUCCAGACAGGGUUAACCGGAGAACCGGUCCUGUUCCCGACGGGGUUUCGGCAGCGACUGUCUUGGCCUUGGGGACUGGAGUCCUGUGGGGACGAAGCCUGCCACUCUGGAUGCUGAGACCUGCUUUUGGGACUUGGCCACCGGGAUUUGCUGGUGCUUGGCUUCGGGAAAGAAGUUGAGGAUUUUGCCAGUUCAUUUCUGGACACUGUUAGUGUGUCUCUAAGUGUGUUUUGUUGAAGCUUUCCUAUCGGCGUUGAAUCGACAGCCUCCACAUGGGUAGCCUCAGGGGUGCAACGUGAAAACUGAAACCAAAGGAAUGAUGUAGGCCCGCUCUGUGUGUUUUCCCACUUUAAGCUUGUUUGCAGUACACAUAACCUGAUUGGACUGUGGCAGCAGACAUCUGUUCACAGGAGAGGCACAGACCACAGUGCUUCUGAAGGGGGCUUGGUAAUGUGGAAAUAUUUAAGUGCUCUUUCUGGAUUCUGAGUUGCUGUCUGGAUUCAGGCAAGUUACUACUGAAGUACAGUUUUUAUCUGGAAAAUGAUUUAAUGUAGUUAGGAAAGGAUCCUUGUAAUUUUCCAUCUCAAGAAUUCAUUAUGUAGAAGUUACUGGUCAAAAAUUCUUUUUGCAGAUAGUUUAUCUCACAUACAGACCCACCCGACUUGAUUUAAAUUUCUCGGUGACAUAACCAUCAGCCUUGGCACUUCUACUUUCUGGCUCAGUCUUUGAAUUUAAGGAAACUAAAGACAGCUUUAUCUAUUUUUCUUAGUUUUCCUCUUUAUUUAACCGAAAUAAACUCAUUAUGUGUUAACACAAAUGACACAUUGAGCAAAGUGACAUUCUUUUAGCAUUUCUACAAGUCUUUUUAAACGUCUGGUUGGGAGAUAGCUAGAUUCUUAAAUCUUUCUGCAUUCAGUUUGUUGUGGUCUCAUGUAACCUCGGGAACAACCCACUGUAUACGCAUGCCUUUUUUUUUUUUAACUGAGAAAUAUAUCAUUUCUGUUCUUCCCCGCACCCCCAAAAGUCAAAUCAGGUUAUUACACCAGACACAUUUUAAAAAUAUGGAUAAGAAGGCUGAUUUCUAUACUUUAUUCUUAUGCUUUAUCUGUUUUCAGUUUUGGAUUUAGAUGCGUGAACAACAACAACAUGAAUAAAGAUUGCAUAAUCUACAUAUGAUCCUGGAGACUCAGGGACAUCUAAAGAGAUUUUAAAUGUCCCUGGUAGAUUUGGGAAAGAAGCUUUUAGAAGCGGCACGAGCAGGUCAAGAUGAUGAAGUUCGUAUUUUGAUGGCAAAUGGAGCUCCUUUUACUACAGACUGGCUGGGCACUUCUCCACUCCACCUGGCAGCUCAGUACGGGCAUUACUCCACCACAGAAGUGCUGCUUCGAGCUGGCGUAAGUAGGGAUGCCAGGACCAAAGUGGACCGAACGCCACUGCACAUGGCAGCUUCUGAGGGCCAUGCCAGCAUAGUAGAGGUUUUGCUUAAGCAUGGUGCUGAUGUCAAUGCAAAGGACAUGUUGAAGAUGACCGCUCUGCAUUGGGCCACAGAACACAAUCAUCAGGAGGUGGUGGAGCUUUUAAUCAAAUAUGGUGCUGAUGUACACACGCAAAGUAAAUUUUGUAAAACUGCAUUUGAUAUUUCAAUAGACAAUGGGAAUGAAGAUUUAGCAGAGAUAUUACAGAUUGCUAUGCAGAACCAAAUCAACACAAACCCAGAGAGUCCUGACACUGUGACGAUACAUGCCGCAACGCCGCAGUUCAUCAUCGGACCUGGAGGGGUGGUCAACCUAACAGAUGAAACGGGUGUGUCUGCUGUUCAGUUUGGAAACUCCUCUACAUCAGUAUUAGCUACGUUAGCUGCCUUAGCUGAAGCGUCUGCUCCCUUGUCCAAUUCUUCAGAAACUCCAGUAGUGGCUACAGAGGAAGUAGUUACUGCAGAGUCUGUGGAUGGUGCGAUUCAGCAAGUAGUUAGUUCAGGAGGUCAGCAAGUCAUCACAAUAGUCACAGACGGGAUUCAGCUUGGGAAUUUGCACUCCAUUCCAACCAGCGGGAUUGGUCAGCCCAUCAUUGUGACCAUGCCAGAUGGACAACAAGUACUAACAGUACCAGCAACGGACAUUGCUGAAGAAACUGUUAUAAGUGAAGAACCACCAGCUAAGAGACAAUGUAUCGAAAUAAUUGAAAACCGGGUGGAAUCUGCAGAAAUAGAAGAGAGAGAAGCUCUUCAGAAACAGCUGGAUGAAGCAAAUCGAGAGGCCCAAAAGUAUCGACAGCAGCUUCUAAAGAAAGAACAGGAAGCAGAGGCCUACAGACAGAAAUUAGAAGCUAUGACUCGUCUUCAAACUAAUAAAGAAGCAGUUUAGUUGAAAUGAACGUAUGGUUUGAGUUUACUUUUGGUCAAGAGAGAAUACAAUCUUGAACUGUACACAAUAAGGUGCAGUCAUGGGAAGACAGGAUAAUAGAAGAGACUACAGAUUGGUCAUUGGACUUAAGCCAUGCGGUCUGAAUUCUUGUAACAUAAAACUAGAAGUUGUCAAAUGUAUUUAAAACUGAAUUCUGUAAAUAGUUUUUGUUUUUCCUUUUUUUACAGUUCUAAAUGAGUUGGUAAAGAUUGUUGAAGAAAUCCAAAAAUAAUAAGCCACUGUUUUUGUGAAUUCUUUUUGAUUUUAGUAUGAACCUUAAUUUCUCAGAAACAGAACAGUUUUAAGGGUGAUCGGUGUUGAUUAGACCAAAUGUUGUGUAAUAAUUAUGUGGUGGACUGAUGCUGGAAUUACUCCUGUAGUUAUAAACUUCUAUACGAAGAGAAGAUUUCUCCCAGGAAAUCUUUGUACAGCUUUAAGUUGUCUCAGAUUCUCUGAAAACAUUUUUUAGAAAAUAAAUUUUUAUAUUUGUUCAACUUCAGCUAUACCCAAGUAGAUUUACAUGUAUAUGAAGCAAAUAUUUUUAAAACUUUGUGUUUGUACAUAUUCUGCAUGUUUUAUAAUUUCAGAUUGCAUCACUUGCAUAGGUAUUUUUUCCCACAAAGAUGACAAAAGUUACUAGGGGGAAAACCCUUUUAUUCUGUAGGGUCAUCUUAACUAAGUAAGCUAGCAGCUGGUUUUAUUGAAAUGAUAGUGUUCUUGGAAGGAGCAGCUUACAAGAUAACUUGAAUUAGCAAACUACAAAAAUCUAUGCUUUUUUGAAAAUUUCAUAGUGGGGACGUGAAACUGUAUUCUGUGCCUUCCAUCAUGAUUUCCACGUGAAAGCACUUUAAGGCAGUACAUUUUAAGAUAAUGUUUUUGGAAAACUCAGAGCAUAUGGGUUUCUGAAAUAUUUCAUGGAUUCAUUCCCCUCCCUUCUCCAAGAAAUUAUUCUUAUGGAAAAAAAUGAUUUUGUAUGUAGAACAAGAACUUUUUAUACUAUAGUGAUGCUAUAGAUAGGUCUACCAUAACUUUUACUUUUCCUCUAAAAGCCCUUCGUUCCGUGACUUGCUCUCAUCACAAUAUUGUUGAGUUCCACAAUGUAUGAACAUUAAACUCUGACAUACUAUUCAUUCAUUUUUGUAAAAUGUAACUUCAAACCAUUUUUCUUGCUUAAUUUCUUGCAUUACUGUUUUAUUGCUUUAUGAAAAUGUUUAACCCUAAGGCCCUUCUAGAUUACCUGUACUGUAAAAGAAGCAAUUACCCUUAAAACUGUAUUCUGGCCUACUUUUCUAUUUUACAAUUAAAUAUCUUUUCCACAUA